GCCAUUCCUCCCCCAAACUCCACUGUCUCCUCCACUCCCCUCUCCCCUCGCCGCUCCCCAAUCCUGCCCUGAAGCAGAGGAUCGCCGUCGCCGCUCGCUCCGUCAUCCCUCCCGCCGGAGCCUCGAUCCCGUCUCGUCGCGCCGCAUGAGAGUUUUAGAGGAUGUUCCGUGCUGAUAAACUCGUAGCUGUUCACGAGUGCCUGGAAAAAAGGUUUUGGCUCCACAGUUGAACAUCAACCAUUUUCUUUUUAUAAAGGGACAACACCAGAGUGAAUCAUGGGUGGAUUUUGCUGCUGCCUUUGCACUGAUGACUUUGAUGAAUAUGUUCAUCCAAAUAAUCCUGUCUAUAGACAAUGCUUAUCCCUAAGGCAUUUUGUCCAGAACAUUUUUGGCGGAUAUACCGCAACGUUCCAGAGGCUUGACUCUAGGCCAAGCAACCCAGCUCAAGGAGUUGCUCCGUCGGCGUCCACUAAUCCAAGUACUAAUGUAGCCGAUAGUUCAUUGUCUGAAACUUUUCACCUUGUUUCUAGACCACUCCCAUAUGACACUGACCCUAGAUAUGCCCGAGUUCAAAGAGAGGGGUUGGUAUCAAGGCGUGAAAAGUCUAUAAAUCUCACACAAGAAGAGUCAUCAGCUCUUAGAAGAAACGGCAGCAGCUCUGGUGUCGAACAUUUAGCUGCUCAAAAGAAAUGGACCAGCACUGAACCUGAGGGUGAACAUAAAGUACGUCGUUCUGAGUCAACUAAGAGUCUAUCUGGAAAAGCAUAUAAUAGCAGUUACACGGUUGUCACUUCAGAAGACGAAGAUGUCUGCCCUACUUGUUUGGAAGAGUACACCCCGGAAAAUCCACAGAUUAUAACUAAAUGCUCCCAUCAUUUCCACCUAAGUUGUAUUUAUGAGUGGAUGGAGAGAAGUGAUACCUGUCCAAUUUGUGGGAAGGAGAUGGAGUUUUGCGAGAGCCCCUGAGAGAAACUUGUGUGCCGGCUGCAUCAGGAGAAGGGAAAGAGAGAGAGAGUGAGUAUCUGCAGUAUAGGAUGCUUGAGUGUGAGUAUCUGUAGUAUGGGAUGCUGGAGAGUCUGUAAAUAAUAGUUCUUCGCAAUCGAAUCUGAUCACUUUCUCAAGGUCAAGUUCUUAUGUGUGCUGAAAUCAUGGUCAAGUCAUGCUGGAUUUUUCAUGUCCAAUAUCUAAAUAUAUUUUUUCACUGCCACUUAAACGGUAGAAUUAGAUAAUGGUUUACAAUUUUU